AAUGAGGCGACUCUGUGUUUUCGCUGUAAUGCUCGGUGCAGCGGCAGGUGUUGUUAAAUCACCGUGUGAUGCUGCCGAAGAACCGCAAAGACGUUUGGAGACGUGACUGACUCUGUCCUGCUAACGGCUAACAGCUAGCAGAAGAAGCAGCCAUGGCAGAGGCCGGAGCCCACAUCACCUCCACCGCUGCCAACGAGCAGCCGUCCAUCUUUGAAGUCCUGGCACAGGAGUCUCUGAUGGAGGCGGUCCGACCGGCUCUGAAACACGCUGUCAAGGUUCUGGCCGAGUCCAACCCGUCCCGUUUCGGCUUCCUGUGGAGAAGCUUCGAUGAGCUCUACCUGCUGCUGGACGUCCUCCUACAGAACCACUUCUUGUCCAACUGCAGCGCCUCCUUCUCUGAAAACUUCUACGGCCUGAAAAGAGUUUCGGGUGGCCGAGGACUUCCGGUUCGCCUGGGGCUGCACAGGAAGUCCCACUGGCGCUCUCUUCUUCUUCUGUGCCUUGUGCCGUACCUGCGGGCCAAACUGGAGGCGACGUUGGCCCGGCAGAGGGACGAGGAGGACUUCUCCAUCCGACUGGCUCAGAGCAGGAGCCAGAGGCUGUACCGGGCGGCCGUGGCAGCGUAUCCGUACGUCAGCUCGGCCUGGCAGGCCUGGAUCUUCUGCCAGCAGCUGCUGUUUGUGUUCGGAGUCACCAAGACCCACAGUCCUCUGCUGUGGCUGGCCAGGGUCAAGCUGGCACGACUCAACACUCAAGACAUCAGAGACAUGGAGCUGAAAAGCAGCACC